AUGAAGGGGUUAAAAAAGAGACAGUCUACUGUGGACAAUCUUCUUAAAGGGGGAUGGGCAGGUAACAGUGGAUGUGUCAUGUAUGGUGCCGAUCUGGAGAGUGUAGACCACUUGUUGAAACAUCUGAAAAAGAAAAAGAAAAAAGAAAAAAAAAAAAAAAAGGGAGGAGGAAUACACCACUACACCAUAAUCAUCAUAAAUCAUCGUCACUAUCCACAUCUCUCUCUCUCUCUCCCCCAACCCCAAUCUCUCCCCCACUAUCCAUUGCCUCUUCCUCUUCCUCUUCCUCUUCCUCUUCUGCGCCUCUCAAUACUUUUUCUUUUUCUUUUCCAAUCCCAAAAGAGGGAUUUUUGGAGGAAGAAACUGGCGAUCGACCACGAAUCCCCGUUCAAAGAGCUCAAACUCAGGAGCAGGAACGCAAUGGGAGCGGCAGCGGCGGAGGAGGAGGAUCAGCGGUGGCCGCCGUGGCUGAAGCCGCUGCUGGCGACGCGCUUCUUCGGGCAUUGCAAGCUGCACGCCGACGCGCACAAGAACGAGUGCAAUAUGUACUGCCUCGACUGCAUGAACGGCGCGCUCUGCUCUCUCUGCCUCGCCUACCACCGCGACCACCGCGCCAUCCAGAUAAGGAGGUCGUCGUACCACGACGUGAUCAGGGUGUCGGAGAUUCAGAAGGUGUUGGAUAUAAGCGGGGUUCAGACCUACAUCAUCAACAGCGCCCGCGUCGUCUUCCUCAACGAGCGCCCGCAGCCGCGCCCCGGCAAGGGCGUCACCAACACCUGCGAGGUCUGCGACCGCAGCCUCCUCGACUCCUUCCGCUUCUGCUCCCUCGGCUGCAAGAUCGAAGGGAGCUCCAAUAACAAUGACUAUGAUGCCAAGAAGAAGAAGAUGAAGAAAAAGAAGCCCGCCGCGUCGACGUCGGACUCCGACGAGUCCUACACGAGCACCAGCCGCGGGAGCGAGAAGAGCAGCGUGGUGCAGAGCUUCACUCCCUCGACCCCGCCGCCGACGUCCAUCAGCUACCGCUCCGCGAAACGGCGCAAGGGGAUCCCCCACCGAGCCCCCUUUGGGAGCCUCAUCCUCGAGUUCUAAGCCACCACCCCCUUUAUACACACACAUACCUAUAUAGAUAUAGAUAUAUAUAUAUAUAUAUAUAUAUAUGUAUGAAUGAGUAAUAACAUAGCUCAUAAGCCACACACACUCUCUCUAUCUUCCUCCCCCGCCCCCUCCCUCUCUUCGUCUGAUGUUCAUAACAAAAGCACUCUGAGCUGCUUUGUGUGGAGGCCGGUGCUUCGUGUUUACCCUUCAAUUCCAAGUUCAUGGAGAGAAGAAACAGAAGAGAAGAGAAGAGAAGAGGAGGAAAAAAUAACAGGUUAUGUUAAAUUAGGCUUUGGAAACAUAGUUAUGAGAUAUAGUCCACUGUAAUCAUCAUAAUAAUGUGAGGGAGAUGUUUAGUAUUACUUGUGCUGUUGUUACAUAUCAUGAAGAAUGUAGAAGCGAUAAAACAGUAUCAGCCUAGUAUAGGAAGUUGGCACUACUUAAUAACUAAGUUUUGUGAUAGUUUUUUUUUCUUUUUUUUAAGCUCCUUUGUUUACUUUUUAAAAAAUGUAAAUAUGAAGAGAGAAGGUAAUAAGUUGAUGUUUAUAUGGAUGGUUGUGUAAUGAAAGUAAUAACUCCCUUCUGCUUUAA